AUGUUUUCUUCGAUUUUUAUUAUUAUCGUUAGUGUCACCUUAAUUCAAUGUGAAUGGAAUGAAACUAUCGUUCGUCAAUAUCGUCCACUUCCAUCAUAUUUCUUCGAUGAAAUUGUUAUUGAUGGAGCUUUUGAUAUAUAUUUGAGUCAAUCAAAUGGAGUAUCUCUUCCUACAGUUGAAUUAGAAACAACAGUUACUGCUCAAAGACAUAUUCUUAUUGAAAUUCUUGAUAAUCAUAUUUUAUCAAUUCAUUUUAAACGUCCAUUUGUUGUUCAUAAAAAUAUUAAUGCUUAUAUUCAAUUUCAUUCGCCAUUACGACGUUAUACAAUCAAAGGUACGGGUAAUACAAUAACAGAUGAUCAUGGAAUAUCAAAUACAGGCAAUGACAAAUUUAUAUUAGAAAAUCGUGGUACAGCUAAUGUUGCUAUGCAUUUAAAUGUUUAUGAAUUAGAAGUAUAUUUAUCUGGUACGGGUAAUAGUCGAUUUUGGGGUCAAGUACGGGAACAAGCAUUAUUCGACACAAAAGGAGUUGGUGAUGUUAAUGCUAUGAAUUUAUUAGCUAAACAAGUUAAAGUUCAUUCAUCAGGAGUAAGCACAGUAAGAGUAGCAGCUACAGAUGAUGCUCAAAUUGAAGUUACGGGUGUAUCAACUGUUUAUUAUCGAUUACUUAGUGGUAAAAAACCAAGUAAAGAAAUAUCAACUGGACUUGGACAAAUUAUUUCUAUAUCUUAA